ACCAACAACUUCCGGAAUGAUGAAAACGAUGGCGAAUAUAUAAAAAAAAAAAAAAUAAGGAUUUUCUUUUAUGAAACACUGCCUUGACAUCACAUCUGCAAUGUUUCCCACGAUUAACGAAUUGUUAUUUUUUCUUUUUAUUGCAGCAGGUUUUUUUGUUAUAUUGGUGAGCUAAUUAAUGUUUGUUUUAAGAUUGCUAUCUAUGAAAACUAAUAUUAAUUUAUAAUUUAAACAUAAAUAAAUUCUAUCAAAGUCUAAAUAAAUGCCGGCCGGUGUCUUACUUAGUCGUCCUUAGUAACUGUCCUAGACUUAGUGUUAGAUACUGUUAUUAGUAUGGAGAAAUUAACCUAAUCUCUGAUUUAAGUGUAUGACUCGUUCUAAAAACAGACAACAAAAGAGGAUACCAAAUAAUAAAUACAAUAACAAAGAAUUACUAUAACUAUAAUAAUACCUGAUUCUCCUCAAACCAGGGCUAAUUAGUUACUAAUUACAAUUGGGCAUUAGGCUAAUAAGUUUUAUUAUAUUAAUUAUAAUGAAUUACAAAAUCAAAAAGAAAUAUAAUUCAAACUAUUGACUUACAGAAUAAUGGUUGGCUUGUACCGGUACAAUGUCGAAGAAAACACAAUGGGCAAAAAAGGUAAAAUGAUGAAAAGGAAUAUCACACUCACAGUGUAAAUGAAGAAAAUCUCUCAUCUCGUUGCAAAGAUAGCACACGCUCAGAAUAGCUCUCGUGAUAAAUGAUAGCCCAAAAAUCUCUUGUGUGUCUCCUUUUAUAGUUUGUUUUAAAUAUCUUUACACAUUGUUUUCCUUUCCAGUUUUCUCCAGAUUUUUCUACAGAAUUCUAAGGAUCCAGACUAUUAAUUUUAUUUAGUUGUAAACAAUAUCAAGAGAGACUAUUAUUAGCUAGCCACACCCUAAAUGCGGUUCCGAUCUUGGGGUCAGCUAGAGUUCAUUCUCGGGGAAAGAUGACGUAAACACGUCGUCUUCAUAACACUUAGAUUACUUAGAAUUAGAAACUUAGAAUUAAUAUAAUAAGAGCCUAAUUACAACUCAGAAUACGUUUGUGUUCGUCCUGUUUAAGCCAGUGGCUUGCUAUAGGAAGAGGGAUGGUCCACCCCUGUCUCCUCUUUUACUUUUUUACCUGUACUAAUUCCAAGUACACUGCAGUGCUGUACCUAAAAAAAACAUGGACUUUGGCCGGCGUAUACCGCAGCAGUGUACCUAGCAAAACCAUUGGUAUUCUAAAUGGAUUAACACGUUUGAGGCACUGACACUGGAUACAGUGAAAAUAGGGACACAAAAUAAUUUUCAGUAUUUAUGAAUUAUAUAAAAAGUGAUUAAAGUACGCACAGGCUGGGGACCUUUGACAUUCAUGGGCUAAAAGGAUUGAAUAUUUAGUAAGAUUACAAUAAUAAAAGUGGAACCAAAUACACCUUCAAUGCUUGCAAUUAUUAAUUUUUUUUUUUUAAAGCCAGCAUUGAUGAACGGCUUCUUUAGCUAUUCAGCCUGGAUGCUAAUAUAAAUUAGCGCCACAACUCACUCAACGCACCCGGGCAUCAAUAUAUUUAUUAAAUGCAUUUAUGUGACAGUAAGCGGAUCAGCACCUAUCAAAAAUAUUAUUCACUAAUAAAGAUGUUUUAAAAAUUAAUUAUUUUAAUAAUUUUUUUUAUAGCUUACUCUACUCAUUAAGUUAUAGAACAAUUCUAUUUAGGGACAGUUAAAAUUUUUAAAUUCAUAUAAUUUCUCCUCUAAAUUCGAAUACAUAGUGCAAUACUAAAAUUGAGUUGUGUGCAAAAUUGAAACAUUGUAUUUUGAAUGUAACAAAAAAAUUUUAUUGAAUCCAUGCCCCCACUUUAACUUGGCAGCCUUUGGAGCCAUUGUUUCCUUCCCCCUUCUCCAUCAUUUCCAUUCUGGGGCGAUUUAGUGCAUAUGACAGGGACAUCGUUAUUUCAAGGUUUCACUAUGCCUAAAAGCACUAUAUAUUUAUGUGCAGGGGGGGGGGGGGGGGGGGGGGGGGGUCAAAGUCUGUCCCGGGCUCGUUACGCUAUCACUCACAUGAGUUAGAAUGAUACAUUGUCAUAUUUUACUUGUCUAACGAUCGAAUUCAGUCUACUUUAAUUAGGUAGGCCUAUAGGUCUAGUGCAGGGGUGGGCAAACUUUUUGUGCGGAGGGCCACAUUUAAAAAAAGUAAAGCUAUUCGGGGGCUGCAUGUAUAUUGAGUCCAAUUUUUACAUGUCAAUAAACAUUUCUCUAUAUUAAAAUCUGUAAAUUCGCAUUUUAGCAUUACAUGACAUAAGUCAAGGAGUGUUUUAAAAAAAAAGAAAAUUUGAAAGUUGAUCAAAAAUGUUAAAACAAUCAUAACGGUACAUGAAAUUCUGUAAAAUUCAUCAAAAUAACUUAAAAAGUAAUUUCUUUUAUUUCUUAAUGCCUUCGAGGGCCGCAUAAUAUCAGUUCCCGGGCUCUGGUCUAGUGUAUAUUAGUCAUAUUUUAUUUUUUCUUCUUGUCAUCCGUUUCUUAAAGUAGCCUCUAGGUCUUAAAAACCAAACUUAAAGAUCCACAUGUUGUGACAUUUUAUGAAUAUUUUUAUUAGGCCAAGCCGAUUAUUUAUAUUGUAGCCAACAUACGGCUAAGCUUAAUUAAAAAAUAUGUAUUAAAAUGGUCUACUCUCUUUCAGUAUCUAACUAUAUAAUUAAAUAACAACUUGAGAAACUGUGGGCUAUGUACUUGAUAAAAAGAAAUAUGUUCCAUCUAUUUUAUAUCGCAAUAAGGACGAAUGGUAAUCUUGUAAUUUAGUAUUAUAAAUUAAAUGCCAUGGUCAUUCACAGGUUUUUUUAUAAUCUGUCUAAGUACUCUUUAAAAACUUUUGUCAGUGACACAAAUCAGCUUGUACCAGCACUUUCAUGCCAAACUUUUAACAGAAUUGAAAUAGAGAUUGUCUGAUAGCACUACCAAAAAAAUGAUUUUCAGUUCGCAGAAGUCAUCUAAAUUUUAAUAGCUUGAAAUCUUCUUUUUUAACAGUAGUAGCAAGCAGUGAAAAUUGAUUGGAGUGAAAAUCACUGGCACUUAGUUGUUGUUGUUUGUUUUGUUUGUUUUUUUCAUUAUUUCUGUGUGCUCAUGUAUUAAUACUAUUUUAGAAGUUUUAUACCAUUUAGUUUGAUAACUUAAAAAUUAUGUUUCACAGAUUAAUAAUUAAGUUAUUACUGCAAUAAAAAUUAAUAUUUUGUCCCUCUCUUUUUUUUCAGUUCAUUAUUUAUAUGUAUAUGACGGCAAAAGCGUACCCCAACCUUGGACGCCAUGACAGUGAAAAGUUCUACUAUGACCCAAAAUCAAAAUCCAAACGCCUUUUUCCAGAUUAUAUGAAUCCUCCCACACUUUACCUGUCCGUUAUUGUUCCAGCAUAUAAUGAAGAGAAGAGGCGUAAGUUUAUUAAUUGCAACAUUGAACUUACUUAACAGCCAAACAUAUGUUUCAGUACAAAUAUGAUUAAUAAUUUGUACAACUGCUGUUCAAAUUAUGCCAAUAUUCAAUUAAGAUGUCUUAGAAUUGAGCUUUAAAUAAGAAUAAAUGUUUAAAUAUUUUUUCUUCAGUUCCAAUUAUGAUGGAAGAAGCUAUGGACUAUUUGGAAAAGCGCCAAACACAAGAUCCCACCUUUACUUACGAAGUGAUUAUAGUUGAUGAUGGCAGUACUGAUCAAACAUCAGAGGUAAAAUACUUUUCUAAAACAAUUAGCAAAAACCGAAAUUAUGAUUGUCCAUUUGAAUAUAUAAUAUGUAGAAAAGUGUUUUUGCUUUAAACUGGUUUGGUCAUGUCAGCAGUGUGAGCAAUUAUUAUGAUACUAGAAAUAGCCUACCAAACAACGGGUGAUCUUCAACUAACUAAAGUUACUUGACUAACAUGCAUUCAAGUAAGACACUUCAUACUAAUCCCAAUUAAUGCUAACUUCUGGGAAUGUUAUUUUGCUAGUCUAUUGAACACAGUCUUACAAUCAUACAUACAUACCUAGAUCAUUAUUAUUUCUGAUACAUGAUAAGUUUAAUAUCAUUUUAAUAAUUUUAAUUAUAUAAUUUUUUAUUCAUUGAAAGGAUGCUUGUAAGAAAAUAUCAAUUUCAAAACAUAGGAUUGGUAAAAGAAAAAUUUUCUUUUAAAAAUAAGUUAGACUUUGAUAUUAUUACAUUUUAUUUUUGUUAAUCCUGUUCAGGUUGGUCUUAAAAACUCAGAGAAAUUCGGAGCUGAGAAAGUCAGAGUCCUUACUCUGCAUCACAACAGGGGGAAAGGUGGUGCAGUUAGACUGGUAAGGAUUUUUGUUGGUUGUUUGUCACCAUUUUAAUCAGUUUUCAUUUCCUUUGCCAAAAUGUUUCAUUAUUUAUUUAUUUAUUUUUCACUUGAAGUCAUAAAGUUAACACUUACCAUGAAAGGCCUAUUUAUUUUAUAACAUUUUAUGGGACAAAACUAUAUGCUAAUUUUGUACAGAAAGAUAGGAUAACAGUUGCACUGAUGAAAAUGUAACAAAGGUUCUUUAAAAGUAUUGUAAAAUGUAUUUUUAUUAGGGGUUGACAGUGUCUUAUAUUUUAGGGUAUGUUGUCUAGCAGAGGUAAAAUGCUACUGUUUGUUGAUGCUGAUGGAGCAAGCAAAUUUAGUGACUUAUACAGGUUGGAAGAUGGUAUGGUGACAUUGAAAGAGGAAGCUAAAGAGAAAGCCAAAGUCAACAAGAAAAUAAGAAAGCAGGUUAGGAAUUAAUGGAAGAAAAAAAAAAAAAAAAAUUCUUUGGUUAAAAGCAAAAAAGAUUUAAAAAGCAUUUGCCUUUACAGAUGUUCAUAUUUUUUUUAUAAUGUAAAUGGCUAAAUAGAUUAUGUUGUUUCAUAUUCAACUGUUUUUUGCUAAAAGCUAAGUAACAUUAAUUUCAUCUGCUGAAUUAUUGAAAAUUUUAAAAGGUAUAUUCUCACAUAAGAGUUAUGAAAAAGAUAAUCAGUAACAAGGAUUCCUGGAAAUAUUGUUAAUUUAUUUUUUUGUGUAAGCAGCUAUAUAUUGUUAUAUUCCAUUCCUCUGGUCUGUUAAUUAAGGGAGCUAUGGCCAUUGUGUGUGGCUCAAGGGCACAUCUGGAGGAAGACUCUAUCGCUAAGGUAGGCUGUACAAAGAAAUUGUUAAAAUAUAAAUUACUUUGGAUACAUUAUUGAAAUCCUCUCUCAUUUUCACCCUUUUACGAAAGAAAUUAUAUUCCGAUAGUAUUAAUGAGUAUAAAAGAUUUAAUUUCUUCCAGUAGCAGAGUUAUCUUUGGAACUGCAUUGGACCCCUGCUAUAAAGCGGUAAAUGUAUACAAAAUCUAUUAGGGUUGUGCUGAUGGGGGUUUCUUGUGAAUAUCAUUGGUAUUUCUUUUGUAAUGGUUCUUUUAUUAAAAUAGAUUAUUGAAUUUCUUGUGGUUGGUGGACCAUAUGGUUAUUAAAUUGGAAUAGUUUUAAUGGAUUUGUGAUGUGUUGUACAAGAAUAUAAUUUAUUUAUAUAUAUAUUUUUUUUUUUUUUUUUUACUUUUUUUUUUUCUUUAUUUUUUUUUUUUUUUUUUAUAAAUUUUAUUUUUUCGUUACUUUUUUUUAUUUUUUAUAUAAAGUUUAUACACAAAUAAAUGUCCCACUGUAUGUUGUUAUCAUUUACAGCAAGUUUCUGAAAUGCAAAAUCAAUAUAUAAAAGUUACGCUUACUCUCAAAUAAAGUUGAAAAGGUAGAGCAAAUACAGUGUGCGCUAAAUCUAUCAGUACUGAAACACCAGGAUAUUGAGCGCAAUUAGCCCUAUUGCAUAGCUCCAGCCACCACAUGUUCCGAGUAGUGAAGAGGAAGAUGUCUUGGAUAGUUUUCUGGAAAUGGGUCUCUUCAUAAAGAAACAGGUAUUCAAGGGUGACCAUUAUUUUUGCUCAAUUGUAUGUGGUCAUGAAUAAGGGCUAUAUUUUGAAAAAAUAAGUGGUAGAACCAUUCCCAGAGAGAUUUACCAAGUAACAGUUGUGCUAUUUUUACGAAAUUUUGCCAUUCUGGAAGUGUACUGUGUCAACUAAAGGUUGAAGUCUAGUCUACCAUUUAGUGCUUCGAUAAAUUAUUCACCCAAAUGGUCUCCAUCAGGUGCUGCAUAGCUCUACAAAAUCUAUAUCCAACAUCCUUAAAACUGAAUUCUUCACCCUUUCACAGAUAAGUUAAGUAAAUAUUUGCAUUUUCAUACCGGAGACAGUUUGGACAAUGGUUGACAGAGCCAGAAAUGGUUGCAAGGAUGAUAAUAAUAAUAAGUGGUCUUAUAUAUGCAAGGAUGAUACGUAUUUUGCCAUUUUGUACAAGGAUCCAGAUUUGUGUAUGGAAGUAAGGAUCUUUAACUGGUAGAACAGGUUUACCCCACUGUUGAAUAUCUUUUUUCAAAUUCCGUCCCUUUUUACAACCACUUAGUAUGAGCAAAAAUAAUGGUCAGCUAUGAAUACUAUUUCUUUAGUCCAGAGACACAUUUCCAAUAACUGUUCAACAUAAUCUUCCCUUUGGAUACUGGGAACAUAUUGCUUCUUGAGCUAUGCACCGACAAUAAACGCACAUACAUGUUAAAGGUACUGGAGUUUGAAAAACUAUUAUUUUUGCUGCAUACUGUAUCAAAUCAAAGUUUGUUUGUUUUUCAGUACUUUGGCAAUAGUAAUUUGGCAAUAUUUAAAUUAUGAAACUGUUCAGAUUUUUGUUUUAUUUUCACACAGAGGUCAUUAUUCCGCACAUUCCUUAUGUACGGCUUCCAUUGGGUUGUUAAAUUGUUAUGUGUGAGAGGCAUCAAGGACACGCAGUGUGGAUUUAAGUUACUCACUCGUGAAGCAGCCAUUUUCCUCUUUUCAAACAUGCAUGUAGAGAGAUGGUGAGUGCAUUAUCAAAUGUUACAUUUUUACAGAGAAGUGCCUUCAAUUGUGCCUUUAUGUGUUUCCUGGCAGUAUUAAAUAUUGACAAUGUCUCCAAAUGUAUAUAUCAUGUGUUUAUUAUUAAACUUCUUAACAAAUGUUCUUUUAGGUUACUUUACAAGCAUACUAAUUUAAUGUAAAAUUACCAAGUUUUUCAGAAAAAUAUAGUAUGUCACAAUAUAUAUUCAUUUAUAAUAAAAUUGUUUUCACAGGGCCUUUGAUGUUGAUUUACUUUAUCUGGCUCAGCACUUUGGGAUAUCUGUUUCAGAAGUAUCUAUAAACUGGCAAGAAAUUGAAGGUUGUUUUUCCACAUUACAUGGAGAGUUAUUUAUACUUUAUUGUUUAUAAUUUUGAGAAGCUCUGUUUAAAUUAAUAUUAUUGGUAAGCUUUUGUCAUGCUUCAAUUUCAGACUUUUAAAAUCAUUAUUACACAAAGUUAAUUUUGAAAAUGGCCAUUAACUCAUUCCCUCCUGCAAUGCUACUUCUGUACUUAAUUUAUUUGUCUGAGAAAGGGAAGUAACUCCGUUUUUCAAUUGAUUUACAUUUGUAAAAUAUUUAUUUAAGCUGCUAAAUAUCAUUUAAUGUUAAUGAUUUAAAACAAAUGCAACAAAAAAUGAAUAAGGUUUAAUAAAAAUAUAAUAGGGGGGGGGGGGGGGGAAUUAACGAACAAUGACCAAAAGUCAAUUUUCGGCACCUCUGACGAACACAUGCUACAUAUAGACGCGCAGUACUAAAGCACACAUUGUUUUAAGGUGAAACAAGAUAAAAACUCCCGUUUUUUAAAUGGAAAUCACGCAGAAAUCUAGCCAUCGCCGGAAAUCUCGAGAGAUGCGAGACUUCAUUGCUAUUUUUAAAAUAGAAAUGAGAGAGGUGUGUUGCUAUGCGCUGGGAUGCAUUUGGCCGCAUCCGGCGAAAACUCUCGGGAAUGAGUUAAUUGUAGUAUGUUAUUGAAACAGGUCAUGGUGUUAAUUUAUCUUUCACAUUUCUUUUAUUCAAAGGUACAAAAAUGGUUCCAGUGUGGAGCUGGUUGCAGAUGGGCCGAGACAUUAUUUUGAUACGCUUGAGAUAUUCUUUAGGUAUUUGGAAAAUAAAAGAAAAGUUCUCAUAAACCCUACGCCUUUCCUCAAAAUGUUUUUUUUUCUGUUGACAUUAGAACGUAUCAAACUUUAUUAACACACAAAAUUAGAUAAGAAAAAUAAAGAUAUUACCAAUGUUCAAAUGCUAUAAUUUUUAAAGAGAGCAAGUGAUACGGAUGGAUAAGAAUGUGGAUAAUUGUAUUAUAUUUUGGAAAAAUAUUCAAUAUACAGAAGUUGAUGCUGCCAUUAUUUUGUUGUAGAUUUUGUUUGUCUUAUUGUAGAGUUUAUUUGCUAAUGUGCAUUUGAAUGUUUUAGAAACCACAUCAGCAAAAAGUAUAUCAAAUAUUGUCUUCUUCCUACAUCUUUUGUUGUCAUUUAUUUACACAUGCCAUUCAAAUAUUUCAUUUUUCUUUUAAUUAAUAAAUAAUUUUCAAUUAAGGAGAAAUUAUUACUUAAUGUUUAAGCUGAAGUGAAGCAAAUUAUAUCUAACAUCAACAUGUGAAAUAAUUAAUAAUUUAUGUAUUUUUUGUGUUUAUGUAACUGAAGUUUAAUGUAAUUUAUUUUUACAAAUCUGCUUGUUGUUUCAAACAGGGAAAUGGUUUAUUUUUAUUAAUUAUUAUGUAUGUUUUCAAUUUCACAUGUUCCUUCAUUGAAUUAAAAUGUUUUUUCAGUCCAUUAAAAUAAUGAAAAGAUCAAAUAUUCUUUAUCUGCUUACUAAUUUAAAGUCUUUGAUUUGAACUAUAGUUUGAUUUUGAAAUGAGGAUAUUUAAAAAUGUUCUAAUUCUGCUGAUACCUUUUUAUUUUUAAUAGUUUCAACAUUCCUAGCCACACGCUUAACUUAAAUGUCCCCAAAUAAAUGUUUACAAUUUCAAUUCAUGAACUUAGUGUAUUUUUUUCUUCUUUAAAUAUGUUACAGAGCAACCCAAAGGAAAUGUAUAUAUUGUGGAUAUUAUCAUUUAUAGAACAGUUUCUUAAUGGGAUCUUUUUAAAUUUCGUAUUAUUAUUUCAUGUACCGGUAAUAAUAAUAAUAAUAAGUGGUCUUAUAUAGCGCGGUACCCCGGCCUAGGGCUGGUACUGAUUAACUUUGCUACUCCUGAAGUGUUGCUAAUUGCUGAAGUACAUUAGUAUACUGCAACUACAAAAGAACAGUACAAACAGAACUAGGAGUCUUUAUAUUUAAAAUGCCUUUUUCAAUAAUUAAGCAUUUUUCAUAUAUUAGUAUAUUGAAAAAUCAGUCUAUGUUAACACUUUACAGCUUUUGAUUUUGUUCCCAAGAAAGUCCUCAGUGAAUUAUUUUGUGUUCAGUGCAGUGCUUAUUUCCUGUCUAAGAAUCAAUUUUAAAAAAUAUUUCUUCAUAGACUUCUGGUUUAUUAAAAGUACAUAAAGACAUCAUUAUUUCAGUUCUAUGUAUAGCUUUAAAGGAAUUAAAUAUGUAUGAUAUGCUUGGUCUGUGGAG